AUGUUGAUGGUGUCAAGGUAUUUUAGGAGAACACUCUUUUCUGCAGCUAAAUCAGAAACUUCUGCUGCAGCUACUUCAGCUAGGACGACGGGACAUAACCCUCUUGAGGAGUUCUUUGAGGCAGAUAGAAGCCAAGAUGAAGAAAAGCCAGUUGUCUACGGUCGAAGUUGGAAAGCAUCUGAACUGCGUCUGAAGUCUUGGGAUGAUCUCAAUAAGCUAUGGUUUGUUCUGCUUAAGGAGAAAAACAUGCUGAUGACUCAACGCCAGAUGCUUCAAGCCCAGAAUCUACGGUUUCCUAAUCCUGAGCGCCUUCCCAAAGUGAGGAAGUCAAUGUGCCGUAUCAAGCAUGUUCUGACUGAGAGAGCAAUUGAAGAACCUGAUCCCAGGAGGAGUGCUGAGAUGAAGAAAAUGAUAAAUGCUUUGUGA